GCGGCCCGGUCCUCGACCAGGCUUCCACCCUCAGGAAGCAGCCCGUGACAGCUGACUAACUCCCAGGUCAACCUAAGCGGAUCUGAGGCGCCCUUCACCACGAUGAAGGCAAGUCUAGUGCCCAAGCUGUUCGGCCUCCUGGUGGCGCUGUGGGCGGUGCCCGCCCUCGCCCAGAACACGCGGGAGAAGCAGCUGGGUACGGGCGGCGUGGGCGUGCAGAAGAAGCAGGAGAAGACCAGCACGGGCGUAGGGGCGUGCAAGCACGGAGAUCACCAGCCUCACCUCUCUCUCGCCGACCGCGUCAUGAAGGCCGAGGUCGUGUUUUAUGGGUUCGUGACCCGCGUAUACAAGAAGAAAAAGAAGGCCACCUACCCGGCCGAGUUCUUCAUCGUCAACGUCUUCAAGGGCUCGGAGCUGGUGGCCAAGUUGCUGAAGGUGGAGGGCGGCUACGGCGGCGUCUACAACCUCAGGGACAAGCGCAUCAACGUGACUAAUUUCGGGCCCCGGGAGGACUGCCUGUCCCCGCUGGAGGAGCAGAGGACCUUCAUCAUCUUAGCCACCUACAAGUCAGGCCGGAGACUCCGGGCCCACUACGACCACCCCGGUAGCGCCGCCGUCCAAUGGUCCAAAGAAAACGAAGAGAUUGUUUGGAGUUCCUUAGGAUGGGACGGUUGGUCGGACUGGUCUGGAUGCAGCGCCUCGUGCGACGGUGGCACCCAGGAGAGGAGAAGGUACUGCCUCCACAGUGAGGGUUGUCAGGGGUACAACACCGAGAGACGACGCUGUAACUUCUUCUCCUGUAAUGGCACGCUGGAUGUCCUCCACCUCCACGACAAGCGUUACAAGCCCAACAAGUUCGGAUGGCGGGAGUCGAGUACUCGACCCGGUUCAUGGCGCGCCGUGAGGAACCGCCCCUUGCUGGUUCACACCAGGGACAUCUAUCCCGGCGGGUUUCCCAAGGAGUUCUCCCUCCUCAUCACCGUCAGGCCAGACCUCGGCAACAUGGGUAUGUUGUUCAUCAUGCACCGGGCGUACGGGGGCGAGGUGUACCUGGGACUGGGCUUGGGCACCGGGCUGGAGCUUCUCCACACGGGACCCACCAGGGAGGAUGACGUCCUCCCCAUCAACGUCGCCCCCAUCAAUGUCAACCUCACGGAUGGCCACUGGCACCAGCUGGCGAUCAGCGUGCUGGAGGACAACAGCAUCCAGGUGUACGUCGACUGUCGCUGGAUCAGUCGUCAGAUUCUCAGACGGUCGACGCUGGAGAUCCCCAUUGAUACCCUGUUGUAUGUCGGCGGGAUGCCUGGACGCAGCUACCAGGGCGAGAUGGAGCAGUUCACGAUCAGUGGGUCGCCCGAUGCCGUAGCGAAGCAGUGCAAACCUGAACCUAUUCCAAUCAUCGAUAAAACUCUGCAGGAUAUUGGGCGUCCUCUCGGUCUGGCGAUACCAGAGUACAGCAACCACAACGCCGUCCUCCACACCGACGACUCCCACCACUACGACAGCGACGCCGCCGAGUACGACUACAGAGACUACGGUGACAACGCCUUCGAGCCAUACAACGACGUCGAAUACAAUGAGUUCCCUGACUACGUUUAUGACGACUACGAGGACUUCGAGGACGGCCGCGUGUCCAGUACCCACGAGUUGAACGCCGGCGAGGACUUCAUCGUCACGCAAGAGGGGGACGUCACGCUGAGUGAGACAGAAGAGAGCGAGGAGAAAGAGGAGAGAGAAGAAAAGAGGACAGACAUGAAGGAGAUGUCUGCUGACGCCGGCGGCCGACGAGAGCAGCUGGAGGCCACCUCAGCAGAGACGGAUGAUGAGGAUCUGGUUGAAGGGUCCGGCGCGAAGGACCACGGCAAGUUUGAGCUGAUGUGGUCCGUCUGGUCGGGAUGUUCCACUUCUUGCGACGGAGGCGUCCGGAUCCGCUCCUACAGCUGCGUUCCCAACCAACUGUUUCUGGAAGAAUGCGUCCGCGCAGGGAUUGAAACCCAGCAACAGCGGGCGUGCAACUUGCAACCCUGUCCUUCCACCACCACGCCACGCACCACCACCACUACAACCUCCACCACCACCGCCGCCGCGACCACUACCACCACUGCCGCGACCACCACCUCCACCAGCAGAGGGAUCAGCGGCGCCUCUACGCCAGAGAUGGACAACAUGAUCCAGUCAAUACCAUACAUGACCUCCACCGACACCUUCUCUCCUCCUCCCGUCACCGCCACACCGUUACACCAGUUCAUGACUGUCACCUCAACCCCGUCAUCUCCCACCACAUCUACCCGUCCUUCCACCACCACCUCCACUACCACAACCAGGACCAAAGUGGUGGAGAUGCAUCCACUCUUCCCCACCACACUCAUCAGUCCGGAUCUGGCUCCCGUCAGCGAGACGUCCCACAACGACUCCGCCAAAGUUUACCCAGACAAGAAACCUCACAAAGUUUCUAAAAUGGACGACAACUCUGUAUGGAAGCAGACGAUGAAGGAGAGGGACAUGAACGAGGUGCUGCCAAGAGGUGGCCCACCGCCCUCCCUUAUGCCCGGCUCCUACAGCAAGAGGAUGUCAUGGAACCACAAGUGGAGCUACCAGUACCACCACCACCACCACCACCACAACCACAACCAGCAGCCUCACCGCAUGAGACAUCACCACACCAAGCACUCGGCAGGACAGGAUGGCGAGGACUGCGCAGGUGGCUGUCUCAACCAGGGCCUGUGCGGCUACGGCGGCGUGUGCCACUGCGCGCGCGGCUGGACCGGUCUCCGCUGCCAGACGCCAGAGUGCGCGCGCGGGUGUAUCAACGGGGGUGUGUGUACCGCCCCGGACACCUGUCGCUGCCCGCCGGGGUACUCUGGGGCACUCUGUCAGCACGCCCUGUGUAGUCCUGCCUGCAGCAACGGUGGUACCUGCGUCAUCCCGGGGCUGUGUGUGUGUCCUGCUGGCUACGUUCCUCCCCUGUGUGCUCCCAUGUGCACGGCGCGCUGCCUUCACGGCGGGGAAUGCACGGGCGUGGAGCGGUGCACGUGUCCCGGGGGCUACACGGGUGCACGGUGCGAGUCUGCCGUGUGUACGCCCUCGUGUCAGCACGGCGGCCUCUGCGUCGCGCCCGGCGUCUGCUCCUGUACCCCAGGUUACGGCGGCUCCAUCUGUCAGCGACCUGUGUGUCGGCCGCCGUGUCAGCACGGAGGGACGUGCCUGGCACCUUACCUGUGUCGAUGCCCGGCUGGCACCCUGGGCACGUACUGUCAAAAUUUUCUGUGCUCCCGCGGGUGUGGCGUGGGCGGCGUGUGUGUGGGGGUGGAGCGGUGCAGGUGUGGGCAGGGGUACACUGGCCCUUCCUGUACCGUGGCUGUGUGUGACCCGCCCUGCAGCAACGGGGGUACCUGUACCAGCCCCGGAGUCUGCUCUUGCCCGGAGGGCUUCUCCGGCCUCUGGUGUACCAACAGGAAAUGCAAGUACGUGCCCAAGCAGGUCGCCUACACCAGGAGCUACAAGAAGCUGGUGCCCCAGAGGGUGGAGACCCACUGUGGGGCGUGGGGCUGGAAGAGCUGCACAUCUGUGAGACAGAACUACCAGACCGUCACGCAAAAGUUCUACCGUACCGUCUACACCUGCGAGCCCUUACCCUAACCCCCAACCCCUCCAUCCUCCCUUCCUCCAAUCCACCAUCUAAUCCAACUCCUUUCCCCACCUCCUGACACACUGGCUAAUCACCCCACUGUCUAAUCAUGCCCGCUAAUCCACUUCUUAACCACAACUUACCCCCCCCCCCCCUAACGCACCCAAAACUCCACCUCUGUACCACUCCACCAGUCCCUAAACCCACCCCAAUAACUCAUUCUCUAAACCCAUCACCCCUAGUACAGUCCCUAAACCCCACAUAUUAAACCAUUCCCUUCCCCAGCAACCCAAACAUGGCAGACUUGUCUAAAAACAUAAACCCCCCUUUUGGUUUUGUUUUAAUAUGUGUACUUGAAUAUCCAAGAGCUACAGAUAAAGGAAGUAUGUAUCAGUGGACCUAACACCUGUAGGUUCAGGAUGGCCUAUACUUCUACCCCCUAUAUAGUUAUGGAGAUAUAAAGCUUUCCCUUACGUUAUAUAACGCUGUAAAAACCCUCCCCCUAAUGUUUGGUGAGAUGUAUAUUCGUCAAGUGAGUUUAAGGUUAAGGCAGCGAACAAUGGUGUUUUAAGGGUGUGUCAAUAUAUAGUGUAAAAAAAAAAAUUAUUUGUAUAUUUAUUUGCUGUGUGUAGAAGGGCGAGAGGUAGUGUACACAGCUGUCAAGGAACAGCUGUGGGCAUUGAACACAGACCUGCAUGACUCGUGUCCCCUUUAUGCGAGGCCUUAAGCAAUUGUCUUAAGCAGUAAGGUCCUUAUCCAUUUUUGGCCUUGGUAAGGCCUUUAGCUUUUAUUUUCUUGGGGGAGGACAUUUAUAUAUAUAAAGAUGUUUGUGUUUGUAUGUAAAUGGUCCGCCAGAUAUAAGGUACUAGUUACAUCAUAGAGAUGGAGAUGCUGUGAUUGCCUACCUGGGGAGAGCUGCUAAUGAGUACAGGUAAACUCUCUCUUCAUAUUACUUAUAGCCAUCCUAUUUCUUCCAGAAAUCUCUCCUAAAAGGUUCAAGUAUUUUCUACAGAGUGCACACCCUGUAUGUUACACAGAUAAUUACAUGCCAAAUUUCCACAUAUCAUGUUGAAUAAAUUAAACAAAAUAAUAUAUAUAAGUAUAUAUAAUAUUUUGUUUAAUAUAUUGACUUCUAUAUAUUUCGGGUUCAUGUCUGUUUACAUAAUAUAUUCCGUACAAGUAUUAGAGGUGAAGAGGUUACCCAUGUAGAGGUGACUAGAUAAUCUUGGUCUGUAGUAGACAGAAGGGGCGGUAGGUGUAGUGCAAACUAUAGUUGUGUUUUGGUCUUAUAAAUGAUAGAACGUACCUAAGCGAGUUGGCUGUUAAUAAUUAGGUGAGCGUGCUUGAUGUGAAGUGAUUCGACUAUGUCUAACCACCUAUUUUUGAGAUAUAUAUAUAUAUAUAUAUAUAUAUAUAUAUAUAUAUAUAUAUAUAUAUAUAUAUAUA